GUUGCGAAUUAAUGUUCACUAUGAGUGGAAGUGCAUGUAGAAUAAACAGAAACUUUCGUAUACUUUUUAGAGAAACAUCGUUCUUUUCAUUUGGUAUUGAGUCCCUUCUACGUUACAUCCAUCGGGAACUAUAACUAUAUGAGUAGAAAGGUUUGCAAAUCAAGGUAUGUGACCAGUGUAUCAAUAUAUUGAAAUUACUGCAGAUUGACAUAUUGGGAACUUCCUGAAUAUCAACAUAUUUGUAUAAAAAAAUGAGUACGAAAAAAAGGGAGGGUGAUAUUGGAAAAUGCUAUGAGAGGGAAAUUUUAACGCUGAUUGCUUUGAAGUGCCUUCUCAAAAGUGAAAUAGCAGACUUCUGGUUGUGCACCAAUCAUUUCAACAUCGACAAGUUCGAUGAUUUGAUUCUUCAUGUAGAGUACAGAGAUGAACGCAGGGAAAUAUUUUUUAUGCAGCUGAAACACAAACAGAAGGGUGAUAAAUUGAUAGUGGUAGAAAUGUUCAAACGGCAGCAAAAGGAUUUUUCUCUAAAAACUUUCGAGGAGGCCUACAAGUCCAUAAUGAAAAAUAAAGAAUUUUUUUCUUCAAAUAAUAUUUCCGAAAAUACAAAAAUGUUUUUCAUUCUGUAUAAUAACUGUAAAGUCGAAAUGACUUGUGAGGAUCCCUCUAAACUGUGCUUUAAACUGAUCGAAAAAGAAGAUUUUAGGAGCUUCAUUAGUAGUAAUGCAUUUGAGGAAAUUUCUACUGAGUACGUAAUCAACAAUUCUGAUAUUUGCUCAGAGUUUCUGAGUCAGUUUUACUUUUACGCUGGCCAACUUCAUUCGAAGGAUGUCCCUAUUGAGAUAGAAAGAUUCACCGGAAUGAACAGAGAUUUCGUUACAAAUAUGUUAAAAUAUUUUUACGAUUUUGCCGAUUCCAAAAAUCCCAUCGAGAAGAUUUCUAAAGUUGAUGUGAAAACGAAACUGUUAGGAUAUAUUUUUGGUGUAUUCGUUCCUCCGACAAACCAUUCAAAAAACUAUUCUUUACUGGCCAUUAUAAAAAACUUUGACGCCAUUUUGAUAUAUGAAGAAUAUUCAGAAAUCGCUGUAUGGAGUGACAUUAUAAUAUAUAUGAGGGAAUAUUACAAGGAGGAGACAUUAACAUUGGAAAAUUGGGAAAAACCUUUACCAGUGAAUUUGCAAGAAAAAUUUCGAGAACGCUUUAAUUUGAUUAAGGAAGUAGAAAUGAAUACAAAACAUCUUUAUUUUCAUUUGGUAGCUCAGCGAAUACUUCCAUUUUAUAUUGAAACUAGAAAUGAAUUUUUCAAACCAUUUUUCAAAAAAAUGAUCCACAAACUUGACAUAAUAACUGUCAUUAUUGAUUCACAAAAAUUCUUUUUCCAUAAUCCCGAAUUCGACAGUAUUAAAAAGACAUGUAAUUUAAAAUUUCUUGAAAACAUCGACGAUAUGAAUAAAGAGGAAUACUUGAAUGUUACAACGAGGAUUAAAGUUUCCCUGCAGGGUAAACAAUACUUUCCAUUAUCCUCCGUUAUCAUCAAUGAUGAAAAUUUAAGGAAAACUAUCAGUGUGGAUUUAUUGAUAAGUCUAUUGGAUGGUGAUAUAAAAUUUGGUUCUAAGCGAGCAGAAGAUCCAUUGUAUAUUGGACGGAAACUUAAAAUUCCAGUUUUGAGUGAGAAAAUCCUAGAAAAUAAAGAAUGCUUAUUCAUUGUGUGUGGUAUUUCUUCUCUCAAUAAUUCCAAACCUUUGAUAAGGUAUCUCAAUUCAAUCAGACUGGGUGUUGAUGACAUGGAAGAACUUGAUUAUGACAGAGCAUUUCCCAUUCUCACAAGUUUGAAAAAUUUCGAUCGACUUGUUAUGAAAGCACUCAAAAAAAUACCCAGAGUUGGUCUUUAUUGUAUACUUCAGUUUGUCUAUAAGACGCAUGAUUUGAAAAAUCGAUUUAUUGUUAAGGAUACAAACGUUACUUCAGAUGAUUUCAAAGAUAGUGUAUGUGAAAAUGAGUUCUAUCAGUUAGAUGAUAGUGAAUUAUUCGAAAGUAAUAAAAAUUCAAAAAUCAAUAUCAUUUGCAACAAUGCAGGGAUGGGAAAAACGGCGUUUUUAAAUCACAUCAGUAACUUAUUCUCUCCCACGGAGUGGGUUGUUCAAUUGGAGUUGGGAAGAUUUUCAAAUGAUAUAAAAAAGUUAGUCGACUUCAAUGGAUUCGUAGAAUUUAUUCGUAAAAUCGAAAUGAAAACAGUUGAUGAAAGUUAUAGGAGUAUUUUCAAAUUAUUAUAUCAAUACAGCAUUGACCAUAGAAAAAUAGUAAUUUUAAUAGACGACUACGAAGAAAUAAAUGAAAGAAAGAUAUUGAAAAUUUUAAAAAUUGCUACUGAAAAAAGAUGGCGAAUCUGGAUAGUUGGUAGGCCACAACUUAAAAUGGAACUAGAAGCAAAUUUUGGAGUGUGGUCCCUGGAGCUAAAUGAGUUCACUGUCAACGAUCAAGACAAGUUCUUUAGGAAAUUUUUUGGUGAGGAUAAUGAAAGUGAAGAGGUUGAGAAAAAAAUGAGUUUGGUGGCUAAAACCAGGGAAAGGUUGGAAAAUUCUUUCAUAGGUAUUUGUCAGCAGACAAUGAUGUUGGCAGAGGUAGUAAAUUUUAACGAGAAGAUCACUGAGAAUUAUAUUCGAGUAGAAUAUUUAUACGAAAAGUUCAUAACUCUGCAAAUAGUUCAACAUUACUCCAAAAACCAUGAAUUUAUUUUUAACAUCCUAUCGAAACUAGCUCUUUACUCCUUUUUUUCAAAAAAAUGUAUGAAAAAGCUCGUCGACUGGGAUGAAUUCGACAGCCAAAUUAAGGUCUUUGAAGAAAUGCACAAAAAGACUGCAAUCGUCACUCAGAUACAAAACGAUAAUUUUCCACUGUUUAGUCACAAAACUUAUGCUGAAUUUUUGGCUGCCAAAUGGUUGGCUGAUACUGUCACCAAACAAAUAAAAAAAGAAACUCCAUUUGACGUAAAGGAAAUUCUGAAACUUCUAUAUUGCCCAGAACUGACGAAUGUUCGAUUGUUUUUCGAUAAAAUAUUGACAAAAUAUAAUCAACCACAUUCGUCGAUUUUCAAUAACGUUGCUCAAAUUGACGUAAUUUUGAGAGAAGGGAAUGAAACUGAUAUUUUGGGUAGAACUAUAUACCAUAUUCUGCUGAGUUACGGUAAACGAUUUCAUAUAUAUAGUGGCUCAGAGAUGAAACAAAAAUUGCAAAAUUAUGAUGAACUGGUUGCUAUUGAAAGAAAAAAUGAGCUGAUAUUACUGAAAGUACCUGACUUGGCUGAAGAAUCCAAACUCAAUUCAAUCAGGAAGAGCGCUCUUUCAUCAUGUUCGUCUUCUCAGUUGAUCAAGACCGACUUAUUUUUGGGCAAAAAUCCUCUUGAUUAUGCUAUAAUGUCUGGGUCUCUGGAAGAACUUGAGGUGGCGCUAGAUAACUUGACAAGCAGAAGAUUUUUCUCCACUAUUAAUCGUGAUUGCAUUUAUUUCAUAUUAUUCCAUUCCAUUAAAAAUAAUUUCAACAAGAUAUUUUCAACAAUAAAUUUGCAGAAUAUUCAGGAUUCACUCAUUCAGAUAAGAGAACAUCAAACCGGGAUGAGUUUACUUCAUUUGGCAGUAAAGUAUAAAAAUUUAAAAGCGGUAAAACAAUUGAUAAAAGCUGUUAGUGAAAUUGGAAGUUGGGGAGUAGAUAGAGAACAGAAUACACCUCUACAUUUGGCAUGCCCGAAAGAAAACUUACCAGUUCGGUAUAUUUUCCAUAGAUUAGGAAAAUACUCGGCUACUUUCUUCAAUCUCAAAAACGCCAGAGGUUGGAGCCAUCUUCAUUCGUUUGUUAAUCAAGGUUAUAGAGUUUGGGUUGAAAAUAUUUUAAAACACCCUGGAAUAGAAGUGGAUUCAUGCUGUAGUCAGGGCAAUACCCCAUUCAUUUUGAGUGUGUUGAAGAGAAACUUAGGAAUGGCUGAAUUACUGAAAAACAACGGAGCCAAUAUCAAUAUUGGAAACAUAAACAAAAUGACUGCUUUACAUUUCGCUGCCUCAAAAGGGUCUAACAAAUUUGCAGAGAAACUUCUUGAGUGGGGAGCUGAACUAGAAGUUAGAACAACCUAUGGUGCUACUCCAUUGAUCAAAGCAUCGAGCUGGGGAAGAGUUAAAAUUGUUGAAUUGCUAUUGAGAAAAGGGGCUGACAUCAAUGCAACUGAUCAUAAUAAAUGGACUUCCCUACAUCAUGCUAUCAAAAGAAAGAAAAUUGAAGUUAUUCAAGUUCUUGUUCAAUAUAGAGCUAACGUAAAUGCUGUUACUGAUAACGAAAAUACCCCCCUCAUCAUAGCUUGUAUUCAUAAUGUUCCUCAGGCGAUAAAACUUCUGACUGAAAGUGAUAUUCCCAUUUCUCUUUAUAACUAUUCGAAAAGUGAAAAAGGACGUGCUCUGAAUAUUGCAAGAAGGAAAAAACACGAAGAGUGCGUUUUACUAAUUGAAGAACUACGGAAAAGAGGUAAGACGUAUUUACGUGUUCGAUUUUGUUAGUUCAUAUAAGACUUUCACUGGCAAGGAUAAAGUACCUAGCAACAUUCUGUUCAAGGUGGUUGAAAAUUUGUUGAAGGUACAUUUCCAUCUCGACUCAAACAUGCAAUAAUAGUUAUUCAUUAGAAAAAUGACAAGCACUCGGUUUCCAAUUACAGAAGAAUUCCGUUACUAUCUGUAUUUUUCUAAAUAUUCUUAUCAAAGGAGACUCCUCUCUUUUUUCGCAAGAAGUAUAAAAUCAUCCCAGAAUGUCAAUAUGGCUUUUAAAUUGGCAAACCCACUUAGGAUGCCACGUUGAAUUCAGUCAAUGACGUUAUUUCUAAUCUUGAUAGAGAUGAAAAAAACAAUAAGUGUUCCAAAUAUUCUUUCCGACUUGUCACGAGCUUUCGACAAUAUUGAUCGCUAUCUACUUUUGAGCAAGCUGAAUACGUGGCUCAUCUCUGGAUUGGUUGAUAUCUCAUUUGAAUUGCAGAACGCAAACUGUGAGGGUUAAACUGGGUCCUGUCAGGCCAAUCAAGCAGUUGCUAAUAUGCAAAAAUAUUGUUUUCAAAAUGGUCUCAUUCGCAACAGCUCUAAAACUAAUACAAUUGUCUAUUCACUGAAAGAGAAUGAUCGCACUGUUCUGGUAAAAAUAAAUAGCAAGACAAUACAACAAACUUCAUGAAAUUUUUAGGUUUGAACAUUGAUGCUCAACUAUCUUGGAACAAGCACAUUAUAUUUUAGGUAAACUAUCGAAACAUUGUUUCGUAUUUCGAAAUAUCCGUAAUUUUGUCCCAUUGUUCCAUGAAAACCUUUCGUCUUUGGAGAAAACACUGUUGAACAACUUGUUUUCUGAGUUCAAAUCAUUAACAAGU